AUGUCUGGAACCCUGUUUGCCCCUUCAAGUACAUCUACAGGCUCAGUGGACUCUGAAGAAAUUUACAGGACACGGCUGUUAUCUCAGCAAACCGGAGAUGUGUUUUCAAUACCCUCUGCUAAGUCCAGCUCUAGACCAACCACCAAGUCACUUCCUUCUCAAAACAUAGACAUGCUGUUGGAACAAAAUCCAUUCAAAAUCCCUGCAGAUGUUGAUAUUUUUUUGCUGAGAGAUAAACAGAAAGAAAAGGCCAGGAUGGAGCGAGAGCGACGGAAGACUUUGAAAGUCCACGAGAAGAUGACUUGCUCCACUCUGCAGAGUUCCAAACAGUCGGGAUUCAAGAGAGCGAUCCAAAUGGAAGAAGAAGCUGAGGACAAGGAGUUAGCAGCAGAAGCCGAACGACUCAAAAUGCUCAGAGAAAGCAUCUCCUGGAAGAUAGCAGUUACUAAAGACCAGGUUGUAGAGAGAGAGACCAUGCAUGAUUACAUCAAUCAGAAACGGCAGAUGUUCUUGCUGCAGUACGCUGUAACUGUGAAAAAAGAUGAAAUUCAGAAACUAGAAAAUCUGGCAGUGGAAGAAGAAGCAAGGCUGGAAAAAGCUGAAGAAGACUUGGAAAAGGACGCUGCCAUGUUUGAUGAGUUCCUGAAAGAGAAUGACAGAAACUCUGCCCUGGCUCUGAAAAUUGCUGAAAAAGAAACCAAAGCAAAACUGGAGAAAAUAAUUGAGAUCCGAGAAUUGACAGCGCAAAUGAUGAACAUCCAAAGUGAGAUAGCCCGAUUUGAGGACACUUUGCAGGAGUAUGUGGUGUUCAAGGAUUUCCUCUACCAACUAUCUCCCAAAGAAUGGCGGGAAGAACGUGAAAGACGGCGGAUGAAAGAAAAGGCAAAUAAAUUCAAUUCUGACAAUAAAGAGGAAAAAUCAGUACAGUCAAAAGGAAAGGAUAUUCAAGAAUCUCAAGACAAGGGCCGACGUCGAAUAGCAAGCACAACAAAACAUUCUAGUUUUGACAUCACCAAUGUAGAACCUUCUACUUCUAGAACGCCAAGCCAAAUUUUGUCUAGAAAGGAAUCUUUCAAAUUAAGCCGAGUAUCUUCUAGGCAGACUGUAAAGUCCCAACAAAGCAGAAAGCCGAGUGUGCAGAUUGCCCCAUCAGAAGAAAAAAUUAGUUCAGAAUUAUCUGAUGAAGAUGAUGAUGAGGUACCUGAAUUAUACUUUACAGAUCCACACCAGCUGCUGCAGCUUUUUACAGAGCUGGAAGAACAGAACUUGUCUCUGAUUCAGAAUUCUCAGGAGACAGAGGAAACCUUGGAUGAGCUCCGGCACACUUUGGAAAGCACACGCAAUAAAAUGGAUCGUGAAAUAGAACAACUGAAAAUGCUUGCUAUCACUCUGCAAGCCAACAUCGUUAAAGAGGAGGAGACAGCAGCAGACCUGGAACUUAAAGCACGCGUCUUUUCUUUUGGGGAGUACAAAGCCGAUGUUCAGGACAAAAUGUUGGUGAGCUUGCAUCGAAAGGUAUUGGAAGUCUAUCGCCGCUGCAUUGGAGAGAAUGAGGCAAACCUGGGAACCUUGCAGAUGCUUACUGUUAUAGAACACCAGUUAGAUGACUUACUAGAAUGCCUUGAGAGAGUCCCUCCAGGAAAGAUAGAACAAGCUGAGAAAGCCAAAGAGAAAGAGCGAAGAAUGAGGAUGAGAGAAGAAAAGAUCAGGCAGCAGAGACAAUUGCAGGAAGAGAGGCUACAGCGGGCCCUGGCAAGAGCACAAGCUGAUGUUAAGAAGAAGACUGGAAGAAGAUUAAUUUUUCGUUCUGAGCCUCCUGCUUUCAAGGAGAAAGAAGAUGAGGAUCAGGGGCUGAUCGAUAAAGAAAAAGAAGAGCUGCUCUACUACUUUACUUAGCCGUCGAAAGUUGCAAGACAUUAUGAAGCAUACAGCAAAUGACAGACUAACAGGAGAAUAUUCCAACAAUACUCUGUAAAUUUGGAGAGAAAGCUAGUCUAUCCUAAGUAUAGUGAUAUAUAGUAGAUCUUUUUAUAGUUGUAAAAUCAUUUUUGGGGGUCAGUAAAUUAACUUAGUGAUAGAAAACGUCUACCAGUGAUCAAAGAUUACAGACUAACCUAAAGUCUUGCAGCUAGGAAAAUAGAUAGAGCAGUGACAAGUACAAAUUUCUUUUUAAAAAAUUCAAUCUUCAAGAUCAGAUUCAUUUUUUUUUGUAAUUAAGCAGGUUUAUGGAUAUAAC